AUGGCCCUUCCCGCCGACUACAAGCACGAGAUCGAAAUCCUCGAGCGCGAGGUCCUGCAAUCAAAGCCCACCGACGUCUUGCAGUUCUGCGCCAACCACUUCCACCGCCGACUAGAGUCUCAGCGACACGAGUUCCUGCUGGGCGCACAGCAUUCCACCAAAACAAUGGCCGAGAACAACUUCCCCGGCAGCAACCCCUUCCACCACAUCCAGCAGCCUGGAAUGCAGCGCCUCGAAGAAGAGGAUGAAAUGGACACGUUCGCCUCGCCCACCGCCGCCUCCUUCCCUAGCAACGCAAUGACCCGCGACGCUUCGCCCUUUGCUGCGAAUGCAAACCCCUUCGGAGCUAACAACUCGGCUUCGGUCAGCAGCCCCUUCGCCUCAUCCCAAAGCUCCGAUCCAUCGGCCAAAGCAAACGAUGGUUCCUUUGGAGGCUUCAACUUCGGUUUCGGCGGUGCUCAGAACACUGGCAGCCGCGACCAGAGCUCUGGCGCAGGCGGCAACCGCCAACAGACGGACGUUCCGCAAAACUUCCCCAACAACUACAACAUGGGCCGUCGUGUCUCCGUCUCGGCCGAGGUGUUGGCACCUUCAGGUACUGAUGACUCGGACUGGAAGCCUCCAACCUACCCCAAGACCCAGGAACAGCUUGGUCGUCUGCGUACUUCCGUGUCGCGCAACUUCUUGUUCUCUCAUCUAGACGACGACCAAACCGAGCAGGUUCUGGGUGCGCUCCAAGAACGCAAGAUUCCUGCAAAGGACGUCAAGGUCAUUGCACAAGGCGAUGUUGGCGAUUACUUCUACGUUGUCGAGACCGGAAGCUUCGACAUAUACGUUUCAUCGACUGGCAAGAUCGAGCCUGGCGUCAAUGGCAUGGGCAACAAAGUUGCUUCAUGCGGCCCCGGCACCUCUUUUGGUGAAUUGGCAUUGAUGUACAAUGCACCCCGUGCUGCGACUGUCAACAGCGCCGAGCCCAGUGUCAUUUGGCAACUCGACCGUAUCACCUUCCGUCGCAUCCUGAUGGACAGUGCUUUCCAACGCCGCCGCAUGUACGAGUCCUUCCUCGAUAGCGUGCCUCUCCUUAACACCCUUACCGCGUACGAACGCAGCAAGAUUGCCGAUGCUCUCGAAACUCAGAAGAUGCCUGCAGGCAGCACAAUCAUCCGCGAGGGUGAUGUGGGUGAUCACUUCUACAUGCUCGAAUCGGGCACUGCUGCUGUCUACAUGUCUGGAGUCGAGCAAUCGGUCAAGUCAUACAAGAAGGGCGACUACUUUGGCGAGCUGGCCUUGCUGGACGACAAGCCUCGUGCCGCAUCUGUCGUUGCAGAGACCGAUAUCAAGGUGGCCAUGUUGGGCAAGAAUGGUUUCCAGCGUCUUUUGGGCCCUGUAGAGAGCAUCAUGCGUCGUGAUGACCCGCGUGCUGGCACCGUCAAGACCGCUUCUUCUACCGCAGGACAGUUCAUUGACAGCAUUAACCCUUUCUCGUCGUCCUGA